AUGAAGGGGUUGUACAAUCUUUACAAGAAGGAUGAGCAAGCGCGCAGCGCUCAUGAGCGCGUUUGCUUCAUGGAAGACAUCGACGAAUACGGGCCACUUUAUCCGCAGUUCGAGGAUGCUAUCUGCGAUCUGCCUAACCUCCGCGAGAUUGAGAUAUUGGGCCCAGACCUCCAAGAGAGGCCGAUGUGGCGUGGGUCCUAUUUCGACCCAAAAAUUGCGCACGAAUUUGACCUCAGAGUCGAUGAAGCUGUGGCGGCGGCGCCAACGGCGUUCGCGCUGCGCAGUAUCGGCUUGCGAAACUCUUCCAACUCUUCUCUUACGUGCCUGACCCUCGAAUUCACAACAACGUGGUGGGGGCCACGCGAUGUGCAGAAAGCGUGGGAAAGCAUGGUACAGUAUCAAAUAUUCGACGACGAUUCCGAUGAUGGAUCAACCAAUUCCGACCAUGAAACUUCGAACAAGGCUGCAUGGGUCCGGGGGCAGAUGGCUCUCACCAGAGGGGCAUUCACACAUUUGAAAACUCUACGUCUCCGAAUCAAAAUGGAGCAGGCCGCUCUCGAUAAUCACUGUAAAGCCCUGGGAGAUUGGUUUGCCUCAGCUCCAGGACUUCAAUUCCUUGACUUGUGCACCAUGUGCGAUGACGACGAUGGCUUUUAUGAUACACUCAAGGGCAUAGUCGAACACUGCCAGCUCCCAGCGCUGCAAGACUUGAGGCUCCAAGUCCAGGAUACCUCGAUAAAUUCACUCAUCGCCCUACUUUCCAGGGUGUCGCAUACCCUUCGCUCACUGCAGUUGUACUGGUGUAUGGUCACUGAAGACGGAGACACUUGGCCCAACUUCUACGAGCGAAUGCGCGAAAUUCCUUUCAAACAACUUUGUCACCUCGAUUUCACCCGUUGCGCCGACUUCGAUCAAGACAUUCCCGAAAAGUCGCAUGACGAAGACUUGAUUCUUGCUGUUAAGGAGUAUGUUGACGACACUCGCGAUUCUGUGCCAACGGAAAUUGUAGUACAUGCAUCUUUGGGCCCUCAAGAGAUGCGGAAAGGAUACUCAUCUGACCUGUAUCGUUAUCUGCUCAAGAAAACAUCGGUCAUGCCUCCGCUAUACUUGUACUACAUCGAGGACGAAGAUAGCUCGGUCGGAGGGCCUUAG